AUAACACCGGACUUUUAUAUCUGGAUGUUUCAACUCAAAAUUUGCAACAGCUUACAAAGAAAAGUCAUUCAGAAUUAUUUAAAAUUUUUUUAAUGUUUUGCAAACAAGUUAAGAUAAAGUCUGGAGUCUAAAAAUAAAAAAAAAUCUCUCAUUAUUUUAUUUCAGUAUGUCAGAAAUGGCACCAAAUAAAUUUGGGACUGAGUCAUCACAGCUCAGGUGUUUCUGAUUAGAGCUGCAGGUGUAGAAAGGCACCUGAGGGGAGGCGAGAGGCCCAGUCGACUUCACAUUCAGUCUGAAAUAUUUCCAUUUUUUUUACUGAAAUGAACCGAAAAGGCUUCGAGCUGGUCCUCGUGUUUUUCCUCGGCUUCAUGUGCAACAGAGUUGAUGGAAUCUGCAGUGUGGAGCAUUGUACCGACCCCACAACAUGUGUCCUGUCUGAGGACCAGAGGAGCUGCAAGUGUGCCCCCGGAUUUUAUUCAGACCUGUGUGACAAAAGUGCCCAGUUUAAAGUGAUGUGUGGUAAAGACUACAUGGCCAUCAGAGCGACUGAAGACUUUUUCACACACCUCAAAGUGCCAUURGAGUCCCUCCAUCUGCCCAACAAAGCCUGCCACGCUCAGAGAGAAGUUAUUGACAACGUCCCGUAUUACAUGUUCAAGAUUUCCAAAAAGAAGUACCUGAGCUGUGGAGGCCAGCCCUUCAAGAAAAACUCGACCCACUUGUUUUAUUCUGUGAGYGUCCGGUCAGAACCUCAGGUUUCUGGAAACAUCAUCAGAGAUCCGGUGGUGAAGAUGGACUUCAGCUGCGUCUAUCCUUACCUCAGGACAGUCAGUCUGCCUUUUCCGGUUCUUCCCAUUUCCAGUGAAACGAUGAUGCAAAUCAAUGAGAUGGACGCCACGAUCCGGAUGUUGUUGUAUUCAGAUGAAACKUACCUGAAGGCCUACAUGGUGACUCCAACCAUUGAGCUUAGAGACAAGGUGUAUGUGGAGGUGUCUGUGACAGAGCCUGCAGAUUACUUCUUGCUGCGGGUGGACGAGUGUUGGGCCACGCAGACCCCCCAGCCCAACUCUACAAAGGGACUGACUCACAGUCUGAUUCAUGACGGCUGUGUGGACGACUCCACCGUCUCCUUCCUGGACGUGAACGAGCUGACGUCUGGACAAAACGGGGCGAGCUCAAUCGUCCGCUACAGCUUCGACAUGUUCCGCUUCAUCACCGAGCCUCACGAGCUUUACCUGCACUGCACCGUGCAGCUGUGUGAGCUGGACGACCUGAAGUCCUGCCUGCCUAACUGCAACUCGGUGAGGAAGAGGGAAGCGUUGAGGGAAUAUCCUCACCACAGCCUCCUGUCUUAUGGACCCAUCAAGGUUGAAAUGCCAAACAAACCUCAGUCCAGCAUGUUGACCACAGUGGUGCUGCCCGUGGCCAGCGUCUGGACUCUGUGCUUCUUCCUCGCCAUCCUCAUCACCGUGGCCAAAGCAGGCAAGAGGCGGAUAACAAAGAUGGACGAGUUCUGAGGAYCAAGCUGCUGCUGGUGGCAAUAAUAAACUUUAACAAAGUCUUUAAA